GCUCAAAUAAGGAUCAUAUUUUGGGAAAAUUUUCUACUUUUUUCUGCUUCUCUCGUUCCUGUCGAAAAACAUGUUUUUCCAAACUGUUGACCGAUUACUCUCUGCGCAGCGACGUUGGUGGAAUAGACGUGAAAAUAGUUCUUGUAGUGCUCGUACUUGUUCAGAUAAAACAUCUUUAUCAAACAAUCCGCUCCUCUUGUGAGCACAUCUAAGUAUUUCUACAUCGUAAUUUACAAACUGCCUACGAGGCAUUUUUCACUCUGUCUAGUACGACCACGUAUCACAAAAAAUGGAGAACAAGCCUCUUCGGCACCCGGAGAACCCGGUGGUAUUUCUGGACAUUGGCGUCGGCGGCCACGCCAUCGGGAGAAUAAAAAUGGAACUCUACCGCGACGUCGCACCAAAAACGGCGGAAAACUUCCGACAGCUGUGCACAGGGGAGUUUAAGCUGAACCGAGUGCCGAUUGGCUACAAAAACUGCAUCUUUCACCGAGUCAUCAAGGAUUUCAUGGUAUAGAACUAACUACUUGAUGCACCUUUAGGUAGAUCUUGAUACCACGAGAGUAGAUCGUAUGUCGUGAUGGUAGUUUGUAUACGAUGACACCACGCUGUUGCCAUGGCGUGUGAGGAGUAGAAACCUGUUGGAAUUAGGCUCUGGGUAUACCAUGCUGCAUAAUGUCAUUCCCCAUGGUAUGAUUGCUGAUGCGGAUUGUGGCUAGCACACCGUGCUAGAUAGCGUUAUGCAGCAUGGUAUGGUGAGUAGCAAGUAUUUGACUUGUUGUGUCCUGGUACUAGUCGAAAAGUAUCAUGGACCUGGUGGAGGACAGUAAAAGGUUGAUUCAGGGGCGGGUGGGAGGCGAAAGCAAUUUUCGUUCUGUGAUGGUCUACUCAAUACAGGACAUAGGCUGAACGCUGGAGCAUGCAAGAGAAGCAGACGACUUUUCGACCUCAAUAAAAAUAAAAUUUUAAAAUUUCGCGGAUUCGCGUCCACGAUAAAAAUAAAAUUUUAAAUUUUCGCGAUUUCAAAUUCUAAAGCAAAAAUCAAGAUGUCAUCAACUGCAAAACUGCCGGUACGUGUUUGCUAAAGCAACUACAGCUCAUACAAGCAAAUCGACUCACAAAAGUGAGGCCAAUAAAAAUAAAAUUUUGAAAAUUGACCAGAAAUUUACCAAAUUUGAAGUGUGAUAAGGCGAAAACACACCUCAUGUUCAGAUAAUCCCUGUCCGAACCACGAUAAAGAGACAACGUCGUCCUCCACUGCGUCAUAAAAACAAAAUUUUGAAAAUUCGCGGAUUUUUGUCCGCGAUAAAAAUGAAAUUUUGAAAUUUCGCGGAUCGGACCCUCAAACGCCACUCGAGAUGAUCUCCCCCUCUGGUUCUGGUCUACCUUUCGCUUCCUCAGGAGCCAGCUCUCACGACGGGGCCGUGUGCUCCGUCGAUUCGAUAAGGACCGCCUAGGAGAGCCGCCUGAACAUGGUGGCUCUGAGAAAGUACUACCAAGCGGCAGCACGAACGUAGUGUCCCUGUCGUGUCGUGUGAAAGAAAAAUAAACCCUACUUAGUCACCCCAUUACAGCAGACUCCAAAAACCCACAACAGAUCCAAGGCGGUGACUUCGUGAAGGGCGACGGCACCGGGUCUUUGUCAAUUUUCGGCGAAAAAUUUCCGGACGAAAACUUCACCCUGCGACACGACCAGGCGGGCCUGCUAUCAAAUGCAAAUAUGUCUGCGUCUGGAAAUUUGUGAUGCUGAAUGGUCAUGAGUGACUGCGCCUGUAAGAGCAGUGUAGCAUAACAAAUUUUUCAGACGCUUUCUCAUCCUUAGUUCGCAUUACAAACUGCGUUUUUUCAUCACGAAAUUGUGGCGCUUUUGUUGCUUUUAUGCAAUACAGAUUUUUCUGCAAUCCUCGACACGCAAUACAAGUUCCACUUUUCCAGACCCAGACAUAUUUGCAAUGCAUACCUGCUCUGCAUGGCAAAUAGUGGGCCCAACACCAACGGGUGCCAGUUUUUUCUCACCUGUAACAAGUGCGUAUGACAGUGCACAGCUCCCCAUCCCCCUCAUUUGUAUUGCAUUAACGGCAAUACAAGCAUCAGCAAGAGUGCCGAUUUUGCAUGACAAACUUGCACUGGAGUGUAGUGCUAUUUGGGCUAGCAGAACUUGUCGUGCAAAGAGUGCCAAGAUACAAAGGGCGGAUUGGGUAUUUUGCAUGACAUAUGAGGGGGAGGGGGAGUUGUGCACUUUCAUAGUGCGACUGGCUGGACGGGAAGCAUGUGGUGUUCGGGAAGGUGCUGGACCAGAGCAGCAUGCACGUCGUGAGGAAGAUAGAAAACGUCGCGGUCGGCACGUUAUGCAUUGCAAAAGCAUCGUACUAGUAGAAAUCGCAUUACAAAUUCGGCCAGCAUGACAAAUGGAAAUGCGGAUUUAACCUGACAAAAAAAUUUGUAAUGCAUAAAUGCGAUUAGUACGAGUACGAUACUUUUGCACAGCAUACACGGCACACGGACCACGGUUGAACGUAAUUGUUACGGAAUGUGGGGAACUGUAGUGGAGCACAAGCUGCAUUUGAUGCUUUACAACAACGCGAGGACAGGCCACGAUUUCUCAUGCGGUUUUACAAGAAGGAUGUUGAACAACCAAGACGCGGGCGAUGUGAGCUUGGGUUCAGGUUGUUCUCGUUGGACGUCGUACAGGAGCAUCCUCUGUGCGCAUGUUGAGAGACAGGAAAUGGCUUGUGACGCAAUUUCGAAGAAAUUCAAAAAAUAACGACGAGUAUAUAAAGGUGUUGCUACCUGAGCAAGAU